ACUGCGACUGCCAAGAGAAACGCGUAACCUGCUGUAGUGGUACAAUACGGCGGAUAUACGACUAUUUGGACAGCGUGUGAAAAGUCAUUGACACCCUUCUAGGAGACAGCGACCCGGGCUGAAAAAAGUCUGCUGUUUUCGUUGCUCCGUUCGAUCUUCGAUCUGUCUGCGUGAUCGCAGCGUCGCAGUCGGGGGUCUGGGCUCGAGGACAGCAUUGUGAGAGAGAAAGAGAGAGACAGCACGUAGCGGCGGCGCCAUAUUUCGCCUGAGUCGCGCAGAGAAAUCGUGUUGUGAUAGCAUGUGCCGCACGGAUGGUGUUGCUGCCGACGUGCUGCUAGAGUUGGUGAACUAGGGCACGGGAUAGCAGCCUUGAGCCCAAGAAGGCCUGAGCACAGCAGAGGACUUCCUCGUGAAUUGUGACGUGACGAGCUAUAGCAGCAAGUGCCUGCAUCUCUGCUACUCUUCAGAGCAAGCUCUGCCCUGUGGUCGGCACGUAGAAUGAGCAGCGAGCAAAAUCCUGCAGCCUCCUCGGACAGCAGGCUACCGACAUUUCCCGCUCAAGCCAUGGGCGACGUUCUUGCUAAGGAGCACGCUGAUUAUUCGACCGAUCACAUUGUCCAGGUGCAAGCCGAGACAGCACCAUCGCAGCCGGCUCAGCCACCUCUCAUCACAACCGGUCCAUCUCCCGUGAAAUUGCUGGCCGGACUGACACCCCUUGACGAUGAUGAUUCUCGACCCGAGUCACCUGCUACGCAGAGCUCGGAAACUAAAGAGGACAGGUUGUCAACCGAGGUGGUGCUAAAUGAACAAAACUCUAUAGAGAAUGGUGAAGAUUCUGCGACAUCAGAUAAUGAUGACCAGUGUCAAACUGCCAGUACCACUACUGACGAUUUAUGUAAUUGCGAGGAUUGUAAUUGGAGGAAGAAAGAUCUGUCAUCUGAAGACUUACAGGAAAUGAUGAAGUUACGGCGGCUUGGGAUGGAUUUAAGACAGUACAUACGUUAUUCGUUCAAUUGGUACUUGGAAAAUCCUGGAUUUGCAAACCAUCUGCCUGUUCCCUUAAUACCUCAGGAACUUGAAAGUAGCAAUGCUAUUAAGAGUUUCACUGAACUUCAAGAAUCUGUAGCUUUACUGUGCGAUAGAAUUCCUUGCCACCUGUUUAUGUGGUUAGUGGGUCAAGCACAGGAGUUUGUGAUAGGUGUUAAAGUUCAAUUAUUAACUCUUUUAUAUGACAGAAGUAUUGAUAAUCUUGCAGAAGUUUUUUUAACAAAAUUAUUAGAUGGCUAUGAUGCAUUGUUAUCCACUGCUGUACAUAUUACGGAUUUAUUAGAACCCCUUCAAAAAGAACUCCUGAAUAAAGUCGAUUUAUCUUGGGAGCAAAUCAACAAAAGACUUUACCAAAAUUAUGUUUACAGUGACCCUCUGAUACAAAAUAAUUUGCCUCCAUUUAUAGGACAGUUAAGGAAACAUUUGUCAAUAAAAAGUUCAGAGUACCAUGACCUUGUUCAUCGAUACCUAGGAUUUGAUGAUGAAAUAACAAAAAUAGGACCUUUAUCUCCAGAAAUCGAACGUUUAAUUGACAAAUACAAUGCUGAGCAAGUAACAGGUUCAGUAAUGAAAAAAGUGAGAGAAGACUUUGAAAGAUUUAAAACAAGAUUAAAACAUGACGAAUCAAGUUCAACUACAGAUUUUACUAACAAGAGUUUUAUUGCAAAAGAAGAAGAAGAAGAAGACGAGGAGGAAGAAGAGAAGGAGGAAGACAGUGUUAAAACUGGCGUAAUAGAAGAAGUAUUAGAUAAUAAUUCAGAUUUUCAAUCCUGUUCAUUACCUAAUGCUAUUGAAAUUCAAAGCAUGUUUAAUGAUUGGAAAAAAUCUCCACAGCAGAGGCUAGCGGAUUUAGUUGAGGCAUUGACUUUGUCUACAGCCGACGAGGACAAGUCCAAUAUUAUGAAAGAAGGAAAAUGUUAUUCUGCUUCUGGAGAAAAAAUAGCAAAAGAUAACAUAAACCAAUCCGUUUCUUGUGAAAAAGAAUCUUGUAAUUGCAACUCGAUUGUUGGUUCCAUUGUAAAACAUGAGGUUACUCCUAGUUUAGUCAAUAAUAGCGCUAAAGAGGAUAUUAAUGAAUCUAACAAUGGAAAAGAUCCUACUUCGAUACCUCCAAAUUUAGAAAAGCAAAAUACUGACUGUUGUACAGAGCCUGUUAAAAAAAUAACAAUAACUGCUCAGUCAACGCAAAUUCAAACUAGGCACAGUACAACACAAACGACCAGCAUUAACCAUAGUCAAAACAAUUUGCAUCGUCAUCAUCAUCAAGGUAGAUGUUCUUCCCAUACUCAUUUGCAUGGAAAUUUGACCAAUGGUGUAAUUAAAUCCUUUGGUCCACAACGAACGCAUGUAGCUCAUAACAAUCAUCCAUCAGCAGCAGUAACUUGUCAUAAACAACAGCAUAUUGUCGAACAUAUUAAACGAUUAUCAACCAAUGAUUUGAGUCCUAGAGAAAAUGGUGACUAUUCAGAUUCAGCAAGUAGUCAUGAUGAUUGCUCAGCAACAAACAGUCCAACUCCGAGGGAUUCGAACCGCCACUGUGAUUGUUGUUAUUGUGAAGUAUUCGGACAUGGAGUGCCUUCUGUAGCUCCUGUUAGUCGUAAUUACAACGAAAUGCGAGAGAGGCUCCGGCAACUUCUGUCAAAGAAAAAGGCUAAAGUUUGCGUGUCAUCUUGUAAUACACGGCCAAAAAAUUCUGCAGAAGUGUCGUCAUCUUCUCCCUCGUUGUCAUCAUCUUCGUCAACGUCGUCGACGACAACAAACAUUGAUGCAACAACAUUGCCUAAUCCUGCUUCAAAAUCGUUACCACCGAUCGCGAAAAAUUCAAACGCCUUUGCAAUAACCGCGGCCAAAGUAAGCAAUGCCACUGCUACUGCUGUUCCUACUGUUGUACUCAAACCAAAAGAAGAGAAAUGGGAUUUGGAGGCUGCUGUUGAGUUUAUUGAAGGUAAUCAGAGUGGUAAAAAAAACACUAAAAAGGCUGAAAAGAAGGCUCGUCAGAAGCAGAAAAAGCUGGAGGAAAAAUUGAAAAAGGAUAAAGAAGAGGAAGAAAGGUUGAAAUUGAUAGAGUUACAAAAAAAAACACCUGAGGUAACAAUAACUGUAGUCAAUCCUCAAAAGCAAGGCUCUCAAAAAGCUAUGUCACAACAAAAAUUACCCGAAGUGUCGAUUUUGCCUGCCAAGUCGACGCCACAGUUCGCACUUUCCUCGAAGCUAGCUAAUUCAGCUAAGAAGAAAAAUAACGAAGUGGUUAGCAACACUAAUAAUAAAAAUGCUAGUAAAACUAAAACUACUCCGGUUGUAGCAGCUUCGGAAGGUGCGAAAAAGAAGACUGCUAGUGUAGACAAAAAUAAUGAAGUAUCUAACACGAUUAAUACCAAAUCGAAGACGACCGGAAAAAUUCAAACAAAUGAGGUUAUCACCCCGCCGCUCGUAGACUUUAGUAACUUGACGAAGAAAGAGAGAAAGAAAUUGAGACGAGAAAUGGAAAAACAGGAAGCGCUGAAAAAGGAGCUUGAUGGCAAACAGUCUGGAAACUCUUCAGAACAAUUGCAGAUCGUUACAAUUAAACGAAUAAUGGAGUCUAUCAAUUCUGAGCCAACUGUCACUAUCACGUUGAAGGGUCAAACGCCAGCUGAAGAUCGAGUUCUGUUUACCCUGGUUAAUGGUCAGACGAAAGACUCGUCCGGAGAUAAGCAGCAACAGUCGACUGGCAAAAAGAAGAAAAACAAGGCAAACAGUUCGGCCAGUCAACAACAGGUUCAAACUGCCAAUAAAUCUCAGCAGCCUACCAGCAGUACCAACAAUGUAAAAUCUGAAAUUGUUCAAAAGACGAAUUCAAAGGUUGCCAACUGUCAACAAACGAAUAAAUCUAAGACUGGAAAGCAGCAAGAAGAACCAAAACCUCGUCAACAGCCAACACUUACUGCUGCUGAAGUGAAAGCCACCAAUGCAAAGUCCAAGAAAGAUAAAAAGAAAAAUAAUAAUGAGAAUAAAGAAAAUAUUAAGCAACUCGUCAAUGAAAGUUCUCAAAAACAAGAAACUAAUUCAGUCAAUAAAAAAUCGAACAAGGCUGGUACGGCUCAAACAGUAGCCAAACAGCAACAACAGAUACAGCAAAACUCGAAUUCAAAUAACAAGAAUGCUAAAGUUACUAAAAGUCAAAGUCAAAGUCAAAAUCAGACUCAAGCUCAAAGCCAAAACCAGAAAAAAAACGUAAAUACCAAUCAAAUAAAUUCUAGUAAAACUAGCAAUAAUCAACAGAGUGGUACGUCAUCUAAAUCAGACAAUCAAAAGACACAAAAAGUGAGCCAAAACACGGUAAACAAACAAAAACAGAUCGCUGAAGUUGCUCAGAUACAAAGAAAAGAGCCCAUCGAUCCUUCCAUAAACAGGAAGUUAAAUAACGCACCAGCUACGAUCAGCAUUGAAAAUUUGAAACUUCCUCCUGGCAUAACUAUAACAAAAGUUGACGCACCAGCCAAACCUAUUUCCAUCAAAACGAACAGCGCUCCGAAACCUGCCAGCAGUGUGCCUAAACAGACGACAAUCAUCGCUGCACCGAUGAGCGGUAUCCAAGCAACGGGUUACGGCAAUCCUCAGGGUACUGGCAAUGUUAUCGUCGUUGAUACAGGCAGACUUAAGCAAGAUUUAAUGCCGAAGAACGCAGAUAAGGAUGCAAAUAAUCAAUCGAUGACUUCGAAGAAGAAGAAGAAAAAAAAGAAGAGCGCAAUCACAAGCAACGGCACUGAUAAAGUCAGCAGUCCCGCUCCCGGUAUGAGAAAUGUCUACGCCAAUGAUUAUCCGAGUAUCGAGCCAGCGCGAAUUCUACACAAUCCGUCUACAAACAUGGUGACUAUAAGAAAUCCAGCAUUCGGACCACCGCCUUCGAAAAUGGAAUCAUGCCCGAACCAAGCGGCUAUCAUUAAAGUUGGCGAUAAUGGCAUGGUGACCAUCCGUAGUCCGGCACUUCAGCAGGCUAUAAACAUGGGAUUAACACCGUCGCCGAAGCCCGAUUUCGUAGUCAAAGGAAGCGCCAACUCCCAUGAAUCUUCAAAACCCAUUCACAAUAAUUAUAUGAGCAGCAGCGAGUUGUCUGGCACUAUGAGAGGCUCCAAUGGGAUACCUGUGUCGACGGACCUGGCAGAGUUGCGCAGAAGACUGGCCCAGCCACCGGAGAAUGAUCGAAAUUCUUCAACGCUUUGUAACAAUGGCCUCUCCAGCAUUCAGAUCAGCAAAGUCACCAAUGGCCAAUCACCAAAUAUCCCUGAGAACGGUAUCAACUUGAAGGGCACAAGUGUGACGUUAACGAAGAUUCGAAACUCUGAAAUACCGCUUAAUCAACAACAACUUUUUGACGAGACUAAGGGGAAUGCCAUGAAUGGUAGUGUAACUACUAAAAGUCGCAAGAAGAAAAAACGCGGGAAUGGAGUCCGACAAGGCGGUGAUGACUGGAAUCUCGUUGAGAGCGUAUUCACGCCGAAAGACAUAGACCUCGAGGACGGCGAGAUGGACGACGCGGAGCGUGAACUCGAGGCGUUCAAGCGCUUCUGUCUGCAGUCUGUGCCACCACCACGCAAGGAGAAGGUCAACCUCAAUCUCAAGGACAUCGUCCUCAAGAAAAAAUCCUCGGCGGGCCAAGCCAACGCCCCCGUGCUCGCGGCUAUCUAAGCUUCGGACCGUUACUGGCAGCCACCUCCUAUUCGUCGACGGCCUUUUUUUCCUCUUCUAAGUUGUAUUAUCAUCGAGCUCACUUGAAUUUGCAAUUGUGCGCCGAGUUGCCUCCGUAUGCUCUCUAUUCCAGACGACAGACGACGAGGCUGCAACCCCCCUCAUCAACGAUCUUUUACUUUCCUAAUCUCCCUCCCUUCUCCUCUCUCUCUCUCUCUCUCUCCCUCUCCCUCUCCCUCUUUCUCUCUAUUCCUUCUCUCUUCCUUCCUCCCCUCUCUUCGACUCGUAGUUGUUUAAUGUAAACGUGUAACUGCCACAAAUGCGACAAAAGUUGCGUCUCUGUUAGGAAAAAAUCUAUCGAACCAUUUUGUAGAUUAUGGUUCUUCGACUAUUGUUUCAAUUGUAGAUACGCCACUGCACGUGCUAUUUAACGUCGCGAGAACACGAGUGUUUUUAUUAUCAGACGACAAAAGCGACUUUUGCUAUCUCUAAUACUGUUAUCACCGUGUACUACUGUGCGUAAAAGACGACAGAUAUACUUACUUUCAACAACUGUGUCUUAGACUGUGAGAUAGGCAUUUGUAAUUGUCAUACCUCAGCUGGAGGAGGACGGACCACUCUCAGAUCUGUAUUAUGAUCUACAGCGCAAGGAAAAUAAUGUUUUUGAGUGCUCAAAAGCCUCGAAACGUUGAAUUGUUGAGCACUAACUUGUACAUAUAAUUUGCAGAUUUUUAUGAGACGUAAGUUUUCUGAGCUUGAAAAUUUAUAAAAUUAGGCUACUUUUUAUGAACAUGCUUCAAAUUUUUUAAACAGUGUCCAACAGUUCAUACAAUAAUAACUUCAUUUGCGAAUACAUAUACGUGUAAAUCGGUGCACGUAGACGUAUACAUACUAUGCUACGUAACUCUGUGACGAUACGAGAAUUACUGUAACAGUGUAAAAAAUUUGCAAGUAUUUUUCAAGAUUAAAUAAACAUUUUGUCUACUUGAAAUAGUUUGCAAAAUGAUCGUGUGGCCUCUACGGAGCGACGAUGAUGAUAGCAGUCAUCAUCAUGAUUCACAUAGGCGACCUGCAAGUAUUUGAAAAAUAUACAUAUAUAUAUUUUUUUUCGAGAAUAACGGCGACGUUGAUUAUCGUUGCGACCGUCUCUUACGUGAAAGUAAAAAAUAUCGAAAAAACCUGUUUUUUGUAUUAAUCUUUUUUACUUUAGUUUCGAAACAACAUUGUAUGAUAUUUUGUUUAUUGUGAAAUAAAUGAAAGAAAUUGUUUAGGUGGUAAGAUGUGCGUGGUGAUGAUGACGAAACUGAUGAGACUUUAUAACCAGUCAUGUUCGCUUUCUACUUGUCGAAGAAAGUCAUGCGAUGUUAAGUUUGUAUUAAACGAAAAGUUGUCAUGAAGGCAAUUUAGGAGAGAAUAAAGUAAAUCCUGUAAAAUUCUUGACCAAUGAUCAGCUAUGUACGCGUACGUUGUUUGCACACAUACACGUAUACGCGUACAUAUACACAUAUACAUACACACACUUACACGUGACAAAUGAAUCAAUGAUACGCAGGGACAAAAGAGAAAAGCUCUAAGGAAAAAGAAAGACACGUACAGUAGUUGUAGCAGCAGCAGCAACAGCAGCAGCAGCGAGACUCGAUAAGAUGAGCGAAAAUGUGUAAAUUUUGUUCUUCUGGAAAAGAAAGGAAACUGUACUAAUAAAAUAUUUGUGGAGUUUUAAGGAAAGCUGACGAAUCCGCGGAUACGUAUUCGAGGAGAAACGUGGAAUACAACAUUGAUAAUUGUUGGCAUUUCAUAAUAGAUCUUAGUAAAAUAAAACUGUAUUAUAGCAUAGCUUUUCAUACAGAAAGAUACAUUUCGUGAA